AUACAGGCAAUUUUAGAAUUUUUACAUCAAUUUUCAUGCCACGAAAUGUUAAGAUACAAUGAGAACACUUGGUGGCGCUGCAGGAUAAGAAAGUAAAAGCUGUGGAGGAAAAAAAGGAAAAGAAAAAAAUUGCUGAAGCCUGGAAGCCCAGAGAAGCUCGGACACCUCAGAGAGGAGGUCUGCGCCCCUGGGAAAGGACUGGAGUAAUUCUCAGGUAUCUAGUGAGAUAACUACACUACCAGAUACCAGGGCAAUUUACAGUUCUGCUGAAACAUCCUCCAGGACGCUCGCUGCACCAGCACAAACAAUGGAGGCCAGCCAGAAGCUCACUGGCAGACAAAGGCAAGUCCUUUUUUUCUUUUUCCUAUUAGGAUUAUGUCUGGCAAGUGCAGGGGAACUGAAGCGCUAUUCUGUGGUGGAGGAAAGGGAGGGUAGGUCCUUUGUAACCAAUUUAGUAAAUGACCUAGGUCUUGGGCAGAUGGAGCUCUCCAGACGAGGGGCUAAGGUCAUUUCUAAAGGGAACAAACUACAUUUGCAGCUGCAUCGGGAGACAGGAGAUUUGCUCUUAACUGAGAAACUGGACCGGGAGGAACUGUGUGGGCACACAGAGCCAUGCCUGCUACGUUUCCAAGUGUUGCUAGACAAUCCCUUAGAUAUUUUUCAAGCUGAGCUAGAAGUAACAGACAUAAAUGACCACUCUCCAGCAUUCGUGGACAAAGAAAUCUUGCUAAAGAUAUCAGAAAGCAGUCUUCCUGGGACUAUAUUUCCUCUGAAGAACGCUCAAGACAUGGAUGUAGGCCACAAUGGUAUUGAUAACUACCAUAUCAGUUCCAAUUCCUAUUUUCACGUGCUCACUCGAAAACGCAGCGAUGGCAAGAAAUAUCCUGAGCUGGUUCUAGACAGAGCUCUGGAUAGAGAGGAGGAAGCUGAGCUCAAGUUAAUCCUCACAGCUCAGGAUGGCGGCUCACCACCUAGAUCUGGCACCACUGAGGUCCACAUUGAAGUUCUGGACAUCAAUGACAAUGCCCCCCAGUUUGAACAGCUUUUUUACAGGGUACAGAUCCCAGAGGAUAGUCCAAUAGGCUUUCUGGUCGUCACCGUUUCCGCUACGGAUAAGGACAUAGGAGUCAAUGGGGAGAUCUCCUAUUCACUUUUCCAGGCGUCAGAUGACAUCAGCAAAACCUUUUCGAUCCACCCCUUGACUGGGGAAGUGCGACUGAGAGAGCAACUCGAUUUUGAAAAGACUCAGUCCUAUGAAGUCAAUGUUGAGGCCAGGGACGCUGGAACCUUUUCUGGAAAAUGCACGAUUCUGACCCAAGUCAUAGAUGUGAAUGACCAUGCUCCAGAGAUUAUCCUGUCUGCAUUUACCAACCCCAUCCCUGAGAAUUUGCCGGAAACUAUGGUGGCAGUUAUUAGCGUAUCUGAUCUAGAUUCAGGAGAAAACGGCAAAACAAGUUGUUCCAUUCAGGACGAUCUACCUUUCUUCCUAAAGCCUUCUGGAGAAAACUUUUACACACUAUUAACACAGAAAGCACUUGACAGAGAGGCUACGGCAGAAUACAACAUCACCAUCAGUGUUGCAGACAUGGGGAGUCCCAUACUGAGAACACAAGUCAAUAUAACAGUGCAGGUCUCCGACAUAAACGACAACGCCCCUGUCUUCACUCAAACCUCCUACACACUCUUUGUUCAAGAGAACAACAGCCCCGCCAUGCACGUAGGCACCAUCAGUGCCACAGACUCAGACUCAGGCUCCAAUGCCCACAUCACCUACUCACUGCUGCCAACCCACGACUCGGAGCUGCCCCUGUCCUCGCUCAUCUCCAUCAAUGAUGACAAUGGGCAGCUGUUCGCUCUCAGGUCCCUGGACUAUGAGGCCCUAAAGACCUUUGAGUUUCAUGUGGGCGCCACAGAUCAAGGCUCGCCCGCGCUUAGUAGCCAGGCGCUGGUGCGCGUGCUGGUGCUGGAUGCCAACGACAAUGAGCCCUUCGUGCUCUACCCGCUCCAGAAUGCCUCUGCGCCCUACACAGAGCUGCUACCCAGAACAGCUGAACCUGGCUAUCUGGUUACGAAGGUGGUGGCUGUGGACCGCGACUCGGGACAGAAUGCCUGGCUGUCAUUCCAGUUGCUCAAGGCCACGGAGCCCGGACUGUUUAGCGUGUGGGCUCACAAUGGCGAGGUGCGCACCUCCAGGCUGCUGAGUGAGCGCGAUGCGCCCAAGCACAGGCUGCUGCUGCUGGUCAAGGACAAUGGCGAUCCUCCGCGGUCUGCCAGUGUCACUCUGCAUGUGCUGCUGGUGGAUGGCUUCUCUCAGCCCUACCUGCCUCUGCCAGAGGUGGCGCGAGACCCCACACAGGACGAAGACGCGCUCACACUGUACCUGGUUAUCGCCUUGGCAUCUGUGUCUUCACUCUUCCUCUUGUCUGUUCUGCUGUUUGUGGGGGUUAGGCUGUGCAGGAGAUCCAGGGCAUCCUCUCUGGGUGGCUGCUCUGUGCCUGAGGGACACUUUCCUGCCCACCUGGUGGAUGUCAACGGGGCAGGGACCCUAUCCCAGAGCUACCAGUAUGAGGUGUGUCUGACAGAGGACUCUGGAACUGGUGAGUUCAAAUUCCUGAAACCAAUUUUACCUAGUUUCCAAGACCAUCCUCUUGGACCAGAAAUGGGUGAAAAUUCCAACUGUAGAAACGACUGGGGUUUCGGCAUUCAGUUAAAAUAGCUUUUUUUUUUUUAAAUCAUGUGUAGUGUGUUGUUGUUGUUAGCUCAAACUACUCUUCUUGCUGUGCCCAUCAUGAACAUUUGAAGCCUGCGGAAAGCUUGUUUGCAUAUUCCGCUGUCGUUUUAGUGAGGCUGUCUCAUCUUUUCUCCAGAUCGAAGAUGAAAUGUUCUAAUCUUGUCUUUCUAACGUGUCUCUUUUCGUACAAAUCUUGCUGUGGGAUAGCUUAGGAAUGUACAAGAGAAAAAGUGGAAAAUCAGUUCAGCCCAAUCAGAUGCAGCUCAGUGUGUGUACUCUUCCCAGUUGUUAGCCAUUGCGUACACAAUACAUAGCAUUGCUCGGAUGCAAGAUCUAAUCAGAAAUGGGAAGGAAGGGGCACUGAGGGGCCUGGCUUUUGCUUUAUUUGGCCUCCACUGGACUAACUUUGAUGUUGGUGUCGUCGUUAAAAAAAUGUUACCUAGCUGCAUGGCUCUUCAUUAGCCUGUUGUUGCUUUUAAAAUCACUGUUUUAAACUGCUUUCUGCUGCAUUUUCUUGGUAUGGAGGAGGAUUCAGAAAGUCGCCCCCUAUUUUCCUGGUAAGCUGAAAUAGUAUGGCUGUAAAAUUGGCUUUUCUCUUCUGAGAAAUAUUUGCACAUACCAAUAUUCAUUCUUUUCACCCUUUCUUUUUU